AUGGCGACCAGCGUGGGCUUCGCAGACCAGCCAGCUAGCUCUUCAUCUCCGAUUCCUUCCACAUUCGCCGUCUAUGACAACAGAUUCCUGGACAUCAUUGGGCCGGCGCCUACGCUCGAAGUUAUUCUCGAGAAUGAUACCUACCCGUUUGCGCACGAAGCCGGCGUCUUCAUUCCGAGCACCAAUGAGCUCUACUUGAGCAGCAAUCAAUUCAUCGAUCCGGCCACUCAACAGAAGACCAUCGUCAUUACCAAAGUGAAUCUGGGAAAUGAUUCGGCUCCAGUUACUGCCGAGAUCCUCAACACCGAUAUUCCCAUGGCGAACGGAGGAAUCAACUAUGAAGAUGGGAUCCUCUGGUGCGGGCAAGGCACUCUCAACUCCACUGGAGGUCUCUUCUACAUGUCCAUCCAGGCCCCAUACACCUCCGAGCUGCUUAUUGACAAUUUCUACGGCCGCCAGUUCAACUCGUUGAAUGAUGUCGUCCUGCAUGCCGACGGCUCGAUGUGGUUCACAGACCCGAUCUACGGUUUCGAGCAAAAGAUCCGUCCGCCCCCCUGUCUGCCCAACCAGGUCUAUCGCUUCGACCCCAAGACGAAAGAGAUUCGCGUCGUGGCAGAUGGAUUUGGCCGCACGAAUGGAAUCAGCUUCUCGCCGGAUCAGAGGACUGUUUAUAUUACGGAUACAGACUACAACCACGGUGACGGAACAAUAGACCCCACGAGAGUGUCGACUAUCUACGCAUACAACUUGACCAUGAUCAACGGCGCGCCCACCCUAACCAACCGCCGUGUAUUUGCCAUGGCUGAUACCGGAGCUCCGGACGGCAUCAAGACCGACCUCCAAGGCAAUGUGUACAGUGGCUGCGGAGAUGGCAUCAACAUCUGGUCGCCAGGUGGCGUUCUUCUUGGCAAGAUUUUGGUUAAGGGGGGAAUUGCCAACUUCAGCUUUGGUCGCAACGGCAGGAUGUUCCUCCUCGGCGAAAACAAGCUUUGGGUUGCUCAGCUGUCGUCGCAGGUGAAGGGCUCAAUUUUGAAUAUAUAA